AUGGAAGAAACAUUGGAUGGGCGGGAAGUAUCGGCCGGUGGUUUCGACUCGGCGGCCAUCUUGAAUGAUGACGUAGCACCAACUACGAGCUUCUGUUAUGGGAUUCCGAAUUUAUUUAACGGUUUGGGUCCUGGUUCCGUUCUCUGUGAGCGUCCUGAGACUGAGCCUUCAGAAGCUUACCCUCAAAACACCGAACCUACGGAGGACCAGGAACAACAGUUUGAAGACGACGAAGAAUACUCACCUAAAUCCAGUAAGUCCAGAACCACCUUCUCCAAUAUUCAGCUGGAGCAGUUGGAGUCAGCGUUUCAGAAGACCCACUACCCCGAUGUGUUCUUUAGAGAAGAACUUGCUAUGAGAAUUGACUUAACGGAGGCCAGGGUCCAGGUAUGGUUUCAAAAUCGGCGGGCAAAAUGGCGUAAGCAACAAAAGUCGGGUUGUGAUCAAUUCCCCCCAAGAGGCCGGUCACCCUCGGACCGUUCUCCUUCUGCUCUGGCGCUGGAGAUGAGGGAUUUUAUCACUAUUCCAGUUUCGUCGUCGCAAAUGGUGAAUUUAACUGAAAUACCAAAUCAGAAGCAAACAGGUCCAGCUAUUCACAUAUCAGCACUUCCAACACGACAGAAUCCUCAAGCUGAACUGCCGACUUUCUCGAUUCCUCUACAAUACAAUCUUGGUACAUUCAAAAAAGUUGACGAUGUUCAAAUCGAAGAAACAAACGUCACGCAAUGGGACAGCAGAAUGAUACCAACUUUCAACCUAAUGAAUCUCAAACCACUCAUGGAAACAAGAGAAGAUGUUAAUAUUCAUGAAAUGAAAUACGAAGUGAAGGACGAAACAAAUAGAGUUAAUUUUAAUGAAUUGAACACUCAAGAUAUUGAAACUGAUUUACUCAAAGAGACAGCUAAUGAAGGACAAAAUAUAUCACCGGAUUUCGAAAUAAGGUACCAAUAUGAGAAUGAACACAAUAAAAGGUUUAGGGGCGGCUUUGAUAAUUCCAUGAUAGAAGAUGGCAGGAAUGAUUAUAUGUGCGACAGUGAGUUUCUAUGUAAAAAUAACUUCGAUAAAGACAAAACUAGUGAAUUCGAUGAGUGUCAUCUUUUGGAUGCGGAUAAUAAUGUUGGUAUGAGUAAUUUUGGAAGUAAUUUAUAA